AUGUCGACCACGGUGGACAAGAUCAAAGAGGUCGAGGCCGAAAUGGCCCGAACUCAGAAGAACAAGGCGACAUCCUACCAUCUCGGACAGUUGAAGGCCAAGCUCGCCAAGCUCAAGCGUGAGCUGCUCACGCCCUCGGGCGGCGGCGGCGGCGGUGGUGCUGGUUUCGACGUCGCCAGAACCGGUGUGGCCUCGAUCGGUUUCAUCGGCUUCCCCUCGGUCGGAAAGAGUACGCUGAUGAGCAAGCUGACGGGCCAGCACUCUGAGGCGGCUGCGUACGAGUUCACCACGCUUACGAGUGUGCCGGGUCAGGUUACUUAUAACGGUGCCCCCCUACAAAUCAUCGAUUUGCCCGGUAUUAUCGAGGGUGCCAAGGACGGCCGUGGUCGUGGUCGCCAGGUCAUCGCCGUCGCCAAGACGUGCCAUCUCAUCUUCAUCGUGCUGGACGUCAACAAGCCUCUGACCGACAAGCGCGUCAUCGAGGCCGAGCUGGAGGGCUUCGGCAUCCGCAUCAACAAGGAGCCGCCCAACAUCACGUUCAAGAAGAAGGACAAGGGCGGUCUGAACAUCACCAGCACGGUGCCCCUUACGCACAUCGACACCGACGAGAUCCGCGCCGUCAUGAGCGAGUACAAGAUCUCAUCCGCCGACAUCGCCAUCCGCUGCGAUGCCACCAUUGAUGAUUUGAUCGACGUGCUCGAGGCCAAGUCGCGCUCUUACAUCCCUGUUAUCUACGUUCUCAACAAGAUCGAUGCUAUCUCCAUUGAGGAGCUUGAUCUGCUGUACCGUAUUCCCAACUCGGUGCCUAUCAGCUCCGAGCACGGCUGGAAUAUUGAUGAGUUGAUGGAGGCCAUGUGGGAGAAGCUCAAGCUCGUGCGCGUGUACACAAAGCCCAAGGGCAAAAUGCCGGAUUAUUCGGCUCCCGUUGUGUUGAGGAGCAAUAGGUGCACGGUUGAGGAUUUCUGUAACACUAUCCACAAGACUAUCGUGGAUCAGUUCAAGGUUGCUAUUGUGUACGGAAAGUCCGUCAAGCAUCAGCCUCAGCGUGUCGGUCUCAGCCACGAGUUGGCGGAUGAAGAUAUCGUCACCAUCAUCAAGCGAUAA